AUGGAUUGCCAAGGCUCGCAUCAGACAGAACCAGAUCUGCUUUACCUCAAUAUUUUAAACGAUGCUGGCGAAAAAACCACCGAAUCCGGUCGAAACUACCCCACUUCCAGCACCCCUUAUCGCCCAAGCCCAGAAGAGAGUUUUACUCCUCGAAAUUGUCUAUGGACUAAACUACCCCAAUUAGACGACAGUGACAAUGAAUAUCUUGUUAAGAAAGGUGUUUUUGAUCUUCCUCCCUCACGCCACUUGGAUGUCUUGAUUAAAACCUAUUUUGACCAUGUUUACCCAUUUGCGCCCGUUAUCGACAGAAGUGCUUUCGUUCGCGGCUACCAAUCCGGUGACUGCUCGUUGUUCUUGCUUUACGUCAUAUUGACAACGGCUAGUGUCCAUGCGCCAGCAGAGAUUUUAUCCGCCUGCGGUUUUGAUAGCCGCUCGGCUGCACAAGAGUCGUUCUUCUCCAGGGCCAAGCUUCUCCAUGACUUUGCGACUGAAGAUGACCCUUUAUUGAUGCUACAAGGAUCCAUCAUCUUGUGUAUGGUAAUUCUGGACCAUCCGACCGACCGAGACUUUGGCUACUGGUUCCACAAUGCGAUCCGUCUCGCUACCAAGCUUGACCUACGCAACUCCUGUAUCCGAGAAAAUAAACCCCCCGCACUCUUAAAGUUGUACAAGAGGGUCUGGUGGGGUCUCUAUUCUUUAGACAUUUUCCAUGUAUCCGUCAAUACCAGACGAUCACGACUGCUCGAAAAUACCCCUACGAUUAAUCUUUGGACAGAAGAUGACUCGGAAGAAGAUAAUAUCUUUGAACAAUCAUCCGGCUUGCUAUCGCCAACUACACCUCAGCAAAGAGCCUUACCUGUUGUCCAUGGCGAGUUGUCUCGAAUAUUCGGACAAUGUCUGACUAAUAUUACAAGCAAACCACAGCAAGAUCCUCGGCAAACAUUGCAUCCACUGGAUGCAUGGCGGAAAACCCUCGCCGCUAGGAUGCACGUGGGUGGGAACAUCGGAGCUGACGUGUACUAUCUGACUAUACAAGCCAUCAGUUACAGAUUUGAGUGCAUAUUAUGCCGCCUUAUAAGGCGCUAUUGGCAACAGUCCCAUCAUACCGAGUGGAGCGAGUGGGCCAAACACCGGCUUCACUCCGCUAUUUUGGAGUUAGACACCAUUGCCAGGAGGGUAUUGGCGAGUGGAAACCUGCUAGACUUCCCCAUCUCUUUCGUAACCACAAUAAUUGCCCUACUUGCUCUCCAUAUCGAGUCAGCCCUGGAUUCAGCGGAGACGGAUCUCGUCCGCUCUAUGGCACGGAUAUCGAUCAGCCAGACCAUGCUUGUUCUCACGCAGGGUCAAGAAAUUCCAGCUCUGAAACGAGCUUUACCACUAUUUGAAGAGAUAGUCGCCAAGAAAAACCUUUAUUUGGUUCCUCCAAACAGCCUUGGCCAAAUACCUAUGCAGUCACACUCACAGGAAAACAAUAUGGCGGAUGCCUACGCUUCCCCACACACGCAGGUCAGCGUGGUUCCAUCUCAAUUUGAGCAAAGUGAGAAUAGUGCAUGGUUGUAUGAGGAUUUCUUAGGAUUUGAUUUGUUGGACGAGUGGCAAAUUGGCCAGCUCGACUUUACUGGUCAAAGUUGA